AUGCCCCAUCUCAGCCAGGCCGAAAUCUCCCGCCUCGACUCGAUAGACCCCUUGGCAUCUUUUCGAGACCGAUUCUCCCUACCCAAGGGAAUCGUCUAUCUAGACGGCAAUUCGCUGGGCCCCUUGCCUCGGGAUACUCCUCGGCACUUGAAGCAAGUGGUAGAAGACCAAUGGGGCCGCGACCUCAUUCGAUCCUGGAACACCCAUGAAUGGAUCGACCUGCCGGCACGGGUGGGAGGAAAGAUCGCUCCCCUGGUGGGAGCUUCUCGAGACGAGGUGGUGGUGGCAGAUUCCACAUCCGUGAACCUCUUCAAGCUCGCGGCAGCGGCCCUAAGGGCGAAACCUCAUCGACGGGUGAUACUCACCGAGUCCGCCAACUUCCCAACCGAUCUGUACAUGCUUGAGGGGCUGGCCCGGUUCCUCGAAGACGGUCACCAGGUGCGCCAAGUCUCCUCCGGGGGCAUUGAAGAAGCCCUCAGCGAAGAGGUAGCGCUGGUUUGUCUGAGCCAUGUGAAUUUUCGCACCGGAGCGCUUCACGACAUGGCCGGCCUCACCAAGGCCGCCCACCAGCAAGGUUGCAUGGUGCUUUGGGACGUCGCCCACAGCGCCGGAGCUCUCCCAGUAGAACUCGCUGCCUGGCAGGUCGACAUGGCUGUCGGCUGCGGCUACAAAUUUCUCAACGGUGGACCCGGUGCCCCAUCUUUUGCCUACGUGAGGCGAGAUCUUCACGCAAGCCUGGAGCAGCCUCUACAAGGCUGGCUCGGCCAUAGCGCCCCAUUCGCCUUCGAGACCACCUAUCGGCCCGCAGAAGGAGUUCGGCGCCUGCUCUGCGGCACGCCACCAAUUCUGAGCCUAGUAGCCCUGGAAUCAGGAGUGGAUCUCCUUCUGGAGGCGAAUCUGCCCGAGAUACGAGCCAAAUCCAUGGCCAUGGGAAGUCUCUUUGCCCGCCUCAUCGAGCAACACUGUGGAGACCGGGCACCGAUCCUGGCCAGUCCCCCGGGGGCAUCUCGCCGAGGCAGCCAACUUUCCCUGCGCCAUCCCCAGGCCUUCGCCAUUUGCCAGGCCUGGAUAGCCCGGGGAGUCAUCGCAGACUUUCGAGCCCCAGACAUCCUGCGAUGUGGCCUAGCACCUCUCUACCUGAGUUUCGGCGAUCUCUGGCACGCGGCCGAGACCCUCGGGCAGAUUCUCGAGAGCAGAGCCUGGGACCGCCCAGAGUUCUUUCACCUCCCCUCGGUGACUUGA